CCGCAAUCGCAAGCAACAGCCAUUAAUCAUGAAAGCCAGCCGACUUCUCCAUCCGGAACUUGGACCGUCUUGGCAAGUAUCAAUCGGGAAGGUCGGGAACCCCAUGCCAAGGGCGUCCAUCGGGCUGUGGAGGUCGUCGGCCGUUCCUGGCGGGAUUGCCAAAUCGCCUCAUGCCUCUCGUGAACGCAACGCUCGCACGUGGGAGGCCCCUAAGAUCAGUUCUAAUUUUAAAAAUUUGAGCCUCACUGUAUCUCAGGAUAAGAGUCCCUAGGCGGGACAUUGAACGAGAUGAUGCGCGUUCCCGACGCUGCCAGCUCGGAUCCGUAACCGAGCCUCUGGGACCUCAUCGUGGGCCCCCGAGGUCGGCCACGUGUUGGAGAUCACUGGCGGCGGCAAGGGGUGACCCUGGGGCACCCCACCCUCGCCUUCUCCAGUCCACUCCCCUGACCCGCAAGGAGCGCAUGAAGUUGGCCGACGGCCCUGGGCAAUAGUAUCUGGCAGUCGGCUUUGCGGUCAACUUCUCGCACGGCUUGCGGUUGUUGCCAAGCUUCUUGACAGGCUAGAAUGAGGAGAAUGAGGAGACCGAUGUCCUGGCGUGCGUGCUUGACUGGGUCCCCCAGCAUCUCCAUGUAG